CUUAUCAAAUACGAAUAAUUCUUACAUUCAUUCACUUCGUUUCAGUGUUCUUGUGAUGAAGACGUUUAUUUAAGAUACGGAUAGAAACUGGAACUUUAUAAACGAAUCAACAAGAACAUUUUUUAUAUUUUCAAAUUUACGUUUUUUUCGUGUGUUGAAGUUGAGAUUGUGCUGUUCCAUAAAUAUUUCGAUCAACAAAAAUGAGGACAAACGGAAAGUUUCAAUAUUAAUCACCGAACUAAGAAACACUAACCAAAAACCUAAAAGUUUCAGUCGAGUUUUUUAAAGCUCAUUAUCAACAGUGAAAAAACUUGCGUCAUUUGAUGAGUGAUUUUUUAAAUGCAUAAAAUGAAAGCGUCAGUAUUUUUAAUUAUUUUAAGUGUUACAAUCAGUAUUCCCAUAAAUUGUUUACCGUUAAGUCAAAGUGGACGAAAUCUCACGAUUUGUUUGGGUAGUGGAUGCAUCGAAGGAAAAGAAGUAGAUGAGGGAUCGUAUGAUGCCUUUUUGGGAAUACCUUUUGCAGAACCACCGCUUGGACAUUUGAGAUUUGCAAAUCCUGUGCCUGCAAAACCAUGGCCAGGGAUAUUAAACGCUACCGUGGAGAGAAGCGACUGCAUACAAAAGAAUAUUCUGCUUCCCAAUCCAACUGUGAUGGGUUCUGAGGACUGUCUUUAUUUGAACGUUUACCGUCCCAUUGUACCGAAGAAUGUACCAGGAAAUAAGCUCUUACCGGUCAUGGUCUUUAUUCAUGGCGGAGCUUUUUUCGCUGGGUCCCCGUCACCGUCAGCGCUUGGUCCACAGUAUUUCAUGAAGAAUGGUGAAGUCAUUUUUGUGGCCAUGUCCUACCGAUUGGGCGCAUUGGGAUUUUUAUCAACUGGGGACGAGCAUAGUCCAGGAAAUUUUGGGUUUAAGGAUCAAGCACUAGCGUUGCGGUGGGUUCAGUCUAAUAUAAGAGCAUUCGGCGGUGAUGAAAAUCAAGUAACAUUAUUUGGAGUGAGUGCUGGCGGUGCUGCUGUACAGUUACACAUGAUGAGUCCUUUGUCUCAAGGACUUUUCCAAAGAGCAAUUGUAAUGAGCGGAAGUGCGAUUGCGGCUUAUAUAAAGCCCCUCAAAAACCCAUACAGUCAAGCGAUGAAACAAGCUAAGGUAUUAGGAAUUCAAGGAGUCAACAGUAAAGACCUGGUGGCAAAAUUGAGAAAGGUAGAAGCACAAAAAUUAGUGGACAGCAUUGACGAUUUGAAGUACUGGUCCAUAGAUCCCUUGACAUUCUACCGAUUAGUGGUCGAGCACAACAGAACAGAAGCAUUCCUGACCCAGGACCCGAAAGUUAUAUGGGAAAGUGGACAAUUUCACCACAUUCCUUGGAUGACUGGGAUUGUUCAACAUGAAGGAGCUGUAAGGGCUGCGGCGAUCGUUACAAACAAAGUUCUAUUAGAUGACUUGAAUACGAAACUGAAAGAUCUUGUGCCAAAAUUAAUGGAAGUUGAAUGUGAAUCAAAAUCAAAGGCUGACAGUAUUUAUGAAAAAUUAAAAAAUUAUUAUUUGAAUGGUAGCGACAUUGUGAAUGUAGAUAAUAUGCAAGGUUUUAUUGAUAUGUUCUCCGACCGAGCUUUUUUGCAUCCGUACUACAAAUCUGUGCACAGUUAUGUACACUAUGCCGAUACAAAUCAGAACCCAGUCAGCCUAUACAGAUUCAUUUUUAAGGGACCAAUGUCAUACUCACUGGCAUACACUGGAACUAACACAGACUUAGGAGUGGUUCAUUUAGACGAUACACUCUACUUGUUUGGAUCAGCUUUUCCACCAUUUCCUGAGAAUUCGGUUUAUUCAAAUUUAACGAAAAGUUUAGUUGAAUUUUACGUUUCGUUCGCUAAAAACGGGCGGCCAACUCAUCUUAGCAAAGACAGUGUCAACGAAUGCACCAAAUAUCAUACCGGGCCUUUCUGUGAUUAUCAAGAAUUCGACAAUACUGCUGAUGGAAGUGGAUUUGAAGUUCGAACAAAUAAUGCCGUCGACUGUAAAAUGAUCAAUUUCUGGGAUGAGAUCCUGCAAUGAUUCAGAAAUUAAGUGCAUAUAUUGUAGAAUAGAUUGAUAUAAAAAAGGUGUAGUGGUGACUGUGAUUUCUCAAGCUAAAUAAAUGUAUUUUUAAUCAAA